UUAUGAUAGGUCAGUACAAAAACAAAACUAAAGCCGAAAACAACAAUAAUUUUGGAAAUUUCUGUGAAAAAUCAGACUUAAUUUCAAAGCACCUCAAACUCUCUUCUGCCGGAAUGGAUCCCCCCGAAUACCAUCUGUCCGCAGAUGAUCUUGCUGAGAUCCGCGAAGCAUUCGCGCUCUGUGACCCCGAAAAGACUGGAAGAAUCAGCCCAAAAGAUUUAGGAACUGUGAUGCGCGCACUCGGCCAAAACCACACUGAGUGUGAAAUCUACAGAUAUUCCGAAGGACUCGAGGGUGACUUUUUUGGGUACAUAACACUUGACGACUUUAUUGAAUUGAUGACCAAAAUCUAUAAAAUAAUGGAGCACGUCGAUUUCUUGAAGGCUGCUUUCAAUGCUUUCGAUUACGAUAAAGAUGGAAACAUAACGCAGAGCGAGCUGCGCAACGUUUUUAUCAAUCUAGGCGAAAAGAUGAGUGACGAAGAGUUUGAAAAUAUUUUUCACCAGAUUGAUGUCGAUGGGGACGGCGUGAUUACCUGGAAGGAUUUUUAUACCGCCUAUAAAUCAUAAUAUAAGAUUUAGUUUCCCUGUGCUUGACCUACAGCACUUAUUUUACCUGGAAUUUUAAUAAUACAAUAUGGCGGUUUUCAUUAUAAAAAAUAGUAAAGUUUAAAAUAAUUAGCAAUAGCUGUCCAAACUUAAA